AUGUGUAAGUCUGUCUGCAACAGUGUGAUUGUGAUCGUGUUCAUUUGGAGCAAUGUUGCAUUUCUGUGCGUACUGUGUCCAAGCCCUUCUGGAAUUCAUGAUGAAUCGAAGUUAGCUGGGCAGAUGAAACUCUGCUUGAGGAGAUGUGGCCUAAGGUUUCAAGCAGAUGACGCGGAAUCAACAUCAAGUGAAGGGGUGAGUAAGCAGUUCUCACUCUGAUUUAAAGCAAUGCUUAUUUUAGUUCAAAGACAAACUAAAAGGCAAGGAAUGUUGAUAAGUCUAGAACUUUAACUCGUAAUCACUAGGAUUAAAUAUAACCGCAAGGGACGUAAUUUCAUAAUCUCCAAUUCCGAAGUCUUCUUCAUCCAAAAUCAUUGCUAGUUCAAAUUUUUCAGUAAGAAUAUUACAUUAGGGUUUGAUGACUAGCUCCACAGGACUUUUCUUUUUAAGUUACGAUGUGUUUAUUGAGGUUACAUUUCGGUUUUUGGGCUAUGAGGCUGCUUUAUGUGGUGAUAAAAUGACUGAUAAAGAUAACACAGUCGAUUAA